AUGUCCCACACGACCAGCGAUGCCAAUGCUGUGGCCAGCAUCAAAACGGGCCUCACCAAACGUCGGAGCCUUGUCGCCCGCCAGAAGGUGGAGGACAUCUCGGCCGAGCAGCUGCAAAGCAUUUUGUCGAACAGCAAGGCCGAUUUUGGCACACUGUGGACCCUCUGCGACAAGCUCUAUUCGUUCUGUGGUGUCAAAGAAUGCAGGCCGCCUGCCCCGCCUCGCAGUCCCGCUUCUGCACCGGCACCGCAAGCAGCUCCAGAGCCGAAAGCAGCUCCGAAGAAAGGACGCAAUGCGGCUGUGAAGGCACAAGAGGCCAAGGACAAGCCGAAGAAGAUUAUCCACUACGGCUUCAGCUCCUUCGACGCCCCGCGGAUUUGCACGGCAAUCAAUCACUUGAUAAUCGCGGCAGGGCCCAAAGACAUGAAGUACCACAGCUUUGAGAUCGUUUGGGCGCCUCGAAGUGGAGCGGCCGGUAUGAUGUCCGGCAAGCCGGUUUCGCGGCCGUGGUAUGCCUUGGCACCUGCACCGGCAGAAGGCGGACAAGGCCGGCAGGCAGUUCUUGAGCAUCCCGGGUUCAAGGGUACACAUGCACUGGCAGGACCCCUGCUCUGGAACUUCUUGGACGGAGUCGUGAAGCACCAGGACAGGACGAUGAACACACAGGAUGUUUCCGGAAAAAUUGUGCGGUUCGACGCUCGCUUGCCUUGGACGUGGGUGCCCGCAUCCGCACCGGCCCUGUGCAUCAUUUGUCGCUUCGUGGCUCUCGGCUUCACAAGCCAAAUCAACUCUGAGAUGAAGAAGGCUGGAUUUCCAGUCGGCCAGGGCACCGCAUUGGCGACGCUGCCGGGGGCAUUGGCGACCGGCUCGAUGAUGAUGAAGUUGGCUGCCAACAAGUUCAAACAGGAUCACCCGGACCUCGUGAGCAAGUACUGCGAGCACUGUGUCUGCGACAGCUGUGCUGCGAUUCGCAAGAGGCACCAGGAUCGACGAGGAGAUGCCUGA